CAGAAACACAACAGCUCAUCAGCAAUCCGAAUCAAGCAAUGUGCUUACUUCUGGAAGGGCCUGCCCUUGCGUCAAUCUGACAUCGAAGAACGGGCAAGCUCCCGCGGCGAUGCCAGCGACUAACCCCCACCACGAUUGGUCCGGAAUCUCCCCUCGAUCGGGACCACGGCGAUCGCCGGCAGCGUCCCUGUCACGGGAGUCACAUCAUAUACAAGUAGGGAGCCGCGCCAUCGCCUCUUCCCCAUCUUACGUUCCCGUCGAGUCCACCGAGUAGCAGCAGGAGGAGUGUUGUUGUUGUUCCCCUUCCCCCGCCGUCGCCGCCCCUUCUACCGCCCCCCACCGCUAACGAGGCUACCGCUUGGAAUCUCGCGACCCUCAAUAGCUCCCUUUGCUCCGUCCCGCUUCCCCACCGUACCCUUCCCCGUACAUUCUUCCCCCGGCGCGCGCACCGCAGUCAUCGCACAGUAGAAGCAGAAGAAGAACUAAACGAAGUACGCCGCUGAGCCCUGCUCGCGCUUUCGUUUCGUAUCCUUGCUCUCGCUCCCGCUCCGCUCCAACCGCGUUUACAACAACAACAACAAUCCGAACCGCGACCUCCUGCCCCCUGCACGCUACUCACAGCAUCAGCUCCGACUGCAAACUCCGCUCGCACGCUCCCGUUUGACCGACCAACCCACCUGAUACCGCAGCACCGGCCCACCGCCCCACGAUGUCUGCCACCAACAACACUGUCAACAACAACAAUACCCCGAUACAAAGAUGGAGCAGUCGCCGUCGCCCAUGGAGGCGAUCCCACCUGCACCCACCACGAAACCCCCACCCAAGCGCAACCGGCGUGCCACGACUGCCGAACGCCGUGCCACCCACAACGCCGUCGAGAGGGCUCGCAGGGAGACGCUGAAUGGUCGAUUCUUGACACUCGCUUCGAUCCUGCCUCCCCUCGCGUCGAUCCGCAGGCCCAGCAAGUCUGCCAUUGUCGGGUCCAGCAUCGCAACCGUGCGCGCUGGCCGCCGUCAUCGUUUGCGGGCAGCACAAGCGCUCAAGGCUCUCGCACGCGAGGCGGAGACUCUGCGCAUGGAAGUCAACACCUGGCGCGCCCGAGCGCGUCUGCCUGUCCUAGAGGCACCUUCCCGCUCGCAGGACUUCAGCAUUGUCCUGAGCGGUGAGAUGGAAGAAGAUCCGGCUGAUGCCGAGUACGCCAUCGACGAAGGCGACGAGGAAGACUACGAGGAUGGGCUCGAGAAUGACGACGACGAGCUAGGAUCUGCCCCGCCCGGCUCGCGAGAUGGAAUGAAGAUGGACCUGGCUGCCACCCGCCAGCACAUUGCGUCACCCGUGUCGUCUGGCCCCCGCACGCCCCCGGCCAGCGAAAGCCCUGCUCUCAUGCACGCACACGCACGUAGCCCCAUGCAGAGCGCGAGUCCGGUGACGCCGAACUUGGUGCCCCACCAUCCAAGCGCAAUGAACCACUUCGACAACAACCCGAUGAUGUAUCACCACAGCCAGAUGAAGGGCGCCCCUGGAUACGACAAUGGGCCUUCCUUCGGGUACGACCACGGCAUGGGGAUGCGGCCACGCACCGCUGAGAACCACGGGGCCGCGUAUGAUCUGGGUCUGGAUCUGGACCUGUUCGACGCCAUGCCUCGCGGCGGCCGUGGUGGACACAAUGGAAUCGAUGCUGGCGCUCUGGGCUGGGCUGCGAGCAACCCGGCACACCGGCGUUUGCCGGGCCCUCGCACCUCCCAGUGUUGGAGAUGCCCAUCCCGCGCAGUCGGAUGCACGCUGCGCCGUACCCUCCUGCGCGGGGUCAUCCGAUGGGCUAUCCGGGGUACCACAACCAGCCCCGUGCCCAUCAGCCGCACCAUCCUGGUGGUCUGCACUACGACGAUAUGGAGUUUGGUCACCAUGCGUUUGCUGUCUGAUGUGUUUCUGUUUUCGUCUUAUCUGUUUUCGCUCGUUACGAUGAUCAUACCGACUACUACUACUGGCUCGCGUGUACGUACUGGUAUCGACCGAUUCUGCAUCACUCGUCUUGUAUCAUCUGCACUGGUCCUGUGUCCUGUCGACCGUGCAGCCCUCACACUCGCUUUCGUCUCGUGUACCGAAUAUCAAUCAAUCUGUAGAAUACCCGCGCGUCGAUUUGUUUCGCGUAGAAGUGUCUCGAGGGAUGACUUCAAACGUAGCAUCUGCAACUCCCAUCCGAAGCGAGCUUAA